AUGACUAACACUGUUGCUGAUAUUCAACAUAAAAGUCAAUUCUUUCUUGCACCAUCAGACAAAUCUGGAUCGUUAAAUACGUCAGAUUGGCCAUUAUUACUCAAGAACUUCGACAAACUUAAUGUUCGGACGAACCACUAUACGCCUAUACCAUCUGGUUGCUCACCACUAAAACGUUCCAUUGAAGAUUAUGUCAAAUCUGGUUUUAUAAAUUUGGAUAAACCAGUGAAUCCGUCUUCUCAUGAAGUUGUCGCGUGGGUAAAACGUAUAUUCCAAAAAAUAUUACCAAUAACAAAAACGGGUCAUUCAGGCACGCUAGAUCCAAAAGUAUCCGGGUGUUUAAUUGUUUGUAUUGAGCGAGCUACACGUUUAGUUAAAUCACAACAAAGUGCUGGAAAAGAAUACAUUGGAAUUGUUAGGUUUCAUUCACCUAUUGAUGAUGUUAAAAAAGUUGCUAGAACGCUUGAAUCUUUGACUGGUGCUGUAUUUCAAAAACCACCAGUCAUCGCUGCUGUUAAACGCCAAUUGAGAAUUCGGACAAUUUAUGAAAGUAAACUGUUAGAAUACGAUCAAAAUCGAAAUAUUGGAAUAUUUUGGGUUAGUUGUGAAGCUGGUACAUAUAUUAGAACAUUAUGUGUCCAUAUGGGUUUACUAUUGGGUGUUGGCGGCAUUAUGCAGGAACUUCGACGUGUGAGAUCGGGAAUUCAGUCUGAAGCGGAAGGAAUGGUUACAAUGCAUGAUGUACUUGAUGCUCAAUACGCAUAUGCUCAAAACAAAGAUGAAACAUAUUUGAGACGAGUUAUUAAACCCUUAGAAGCAUUAUUAGUUUCUCAUAAACGAAUUAUAGUCAAAGACAGUGCUGUGAAUGCUGUGUGUUACGGAGCAAAACUAUUGGUGCCUGGUGUAUUACGUUAUGAAGAUGGAAUAGAAAUCGAUGAACAAAUUGUGAUAUGUACAACCAAAGGAGAAGCUGUUGCACUUGGCAUUGCUUUAAUGACAACAGCGACCAUGUCGACAUGCGAUCAUGGUGUUGCAGCUAAAAUAAAACGAGUUGUUAUGGAACGCGAUUUAUAUCCAAGAAAAUGGGGUUAUGGACCAGUUGCAUCGAAGAAAAAAUUAAUGAUCAAAGAAGGUAUACUCGGACAAUACGGAAAACCAAAUGAUACAACACCUAAAAACUGGAGAGAUAUGUUGUAUGAUGUUAGUGCACAACACGCAUCUAAUAGCAAUCAACAAAGCACUGUACAGAAGACUCCAGCUAAUGGAAGCGAAACCGUACCGACAACAACAAUGAAAAAUGAUUCAUCGUAUGAGCAAAUCGGCGAUGUAAAAGCACAAAUUCGCUUUCUAGAAGAACUCGAUAAAAUUGAAAAACAGCGAAAAGAAAAGGCUGAACAAGAAAAAAUUCUUAGAGCACUUAAAAGCAGAUCUAAAACAAAUGAUCCGGAAGCAAUAAAAUUAAAACAAAAAGCCAAAGAGAUGCAACAAGCUCAAGUUGAAGAACAACGACAAAAAGAAGCGCAUGAAACAGCUCUGACAGCUGUUGGUCAGCGUAAAAAGCAAAAAAUUAGAUGA